CGGAUGUACUUUUCAAAUGUUGCUGAUGAGACGCUGGUCCAGUCUGGGACCUCAAAAACAGCUGGAAUCUGGAACUGAGCCUAGAAAAUAGUCGAAGACAAAACCGGGGCAUUAGCUAACUGAGCUAAAAGGUUGCUUCUCACUAGGGUGUCAAGAAUAAUGCUGACUGAAGAUGGAUGCUCCUGAGUACUUGGAUUUGGAUGAGAUUGACUUCACUGAUGAUUCAGUGUAUUCUGUGACAUCCUUGAAGAACAUUCCAGAGCUGUCCAGAAGAAACGAUGGUCAGGGAGAAGAAAGACAAGCCCCAGCCAUCAACUGGAGCCGUGGUGUGUCGUCACAUAGUGGCGGUGGAAUCAAGCCGACCGGCAUCGCCGACGUCCACAGCAAAUUCCGGCCUGUGAAGAGGGUCUCGCCACUCAAACAUCAACCGGAGACCUCUGACAACGAGAGUGACAACGAGGCUCAGGCUCACAAUGGGGAAGGCAGUAGCAAAGAAGAAGCCUCAGACAAAACACCUGCAGCCUGCGAAGGCCAGGGAUUUAAAGCCAAGAGCCUGGGAACCGGAGGAGCUCUUUUUGGGGAGCUGGAGCACUACGACCUGGACAUGGAUGAGAUACUGGACGUGCCUUACAUUAAAUCCAGCCAACAUGUCUCUACUCUUCCCAGAGUUCCCCAUGACAAAAGGACGGUGGGUGGCGGUGGUAACGCCAGUGACAGGUGCCACGGCGUUAAGACCUCCACACUUACCCACCCUGAGAGCCUUGCAAGUGUCACCCAGUACUGUAUGCUUUCGCCCGUCAAAUGGUCUGAUAUGAGGAAGUUGAAAUCUCUGGACCCGGACAAUCACAGGCCACCCGCUGGGGGCUAUGACCACUCCACACCAGGAUCACUUAGCAGUUCCUCUGCCUCAGACAUGGAUAAACUUUUAGCCAACAGGGCCUACCCAGAGACACAGGCACACAAGACAGGGGCUGACACCCCUGGGAGCAGCCAGGCUAUGAUGUUCCCCCUCCAGGGCUGUGCUGGGUCUAGGCAGGACAGCAGUAAGACCUGGAACGGUACAAGACUACACGGAGAGUGUGAUGACGAGACCAAGAAAUCCCAGAACAUCAUCAAUAUCAUCCGAGAGGGGCAGAUCUCUCUGUUGCCUCACCUGGCCGCUGAUAACCUGGAGCUGAUCCAGGACGAGGAGGGGAACAACCUGCUCCACAUCUCUGCGUCCCAGGGCCACGCUGACUGCCUGCAGCACCUCACCUCCCUCAUGGGAGAGGACUGCCUCAACGAGCGCAACAACCACCAGCUUACACCUGCUGGGCUCGGGGUGAAGAACGGCCAUUUGGAGUGUGUGCGCUGGAUGGUGAGUGAGACGGAGGCCAUCGCCGAGCUAAGCUGUAGCCGAGAGCACCCCAGUCUCAUCCACUACGCAGCCCGCUACGGACAGGAAAAGGUUCUGCUGUGGCUGCUCCAAUUCAUGCAAGAGCAAGCCAUUUCUCUGGACGAAGUGGACCAGUACGGAAACAGUGCAGUGCAUGUAGCUGCUCAGUACGGCCAUCUCACUUGCAUUCAGACCCUGGUGGAGUACGGCUCCAACGUCACCGUGCAGAACCAGGGCGGCGAGAGGCCUUCCCAGAGCGCCGAACGGCAGGGCCACACCACCUGCGCCCGCUACCUGGUGGUGGUGGAGACGUGCAUGUCGCUGGCCUCCCAGGUGGUCAAGCUCACCAAGCAGCUCAACGAACAAGCAACAAAGACGAAUGCUCUACAGAAUCAAGUUCAGCUACACCUGGAUCCCUUAAAAGCAGAGGGAACUUUGCCACGAUCGCCCAGCUCCCAUGUCCCGUCUGUGGAGGCGUGGCCUGAAAUGACCCUGACCGCAGAGGGGACCCCCGGGGAUGGCCACUGGAUCCUGAGGCAGAGGAGCGUCGACUCAGACACUGUCCUGCGCCAACUACUGGGUAAAGACAUCUCAGACAAGGUGUGCACCAAGGAGAAGCUGUCCCUGGAGUUCCAGGAGGGCUCCAAAGCGGGGCCUCCUAGUCUGAACGGGGCCAACCCUGGGCCCCUGCGCAGGAUGGGGGUGGUGGAAAGACGGGAGCUGAAGCUGGCCAGACUCAAGCAGAUCAUGCAGCGCUCUCUCAGCGAGUCCGACUCGGACACCUACCCCCCUGAAGAGGCCAAACAUGGGCCCCCUCCAGGGGUGCGCCUAGAGAGACCCAGCCACCUGCCCAUUGCAGAGAGCGAGGAACCUGUCGGCAACCUGCAUCUGGGCAUGAAGAAGCACACCUUGACCACCGAGCACAAGUCAGCUUUCGCCCUCAGCACCUCCAAGUCCAUGGAUGGAUACCCCUCGCCCACAUCGGACAAAAGCGAGCUUGACGCUGACGGGAAACCGGAGGCCUGUGGAGAUUUCCCCGACUACAACAAUGGACAAAAGAUCACGACGAGCCCCAAAAGUGCACUCAAAUCGCCUACCUCUCGAAGGAAGACCUCCCAGAACCUGAAACUGAGGGUGACCUUUGAUGAGCAGGUGGUUCACAAGACGGGGCCACCAGAGAGUGAGCCGCCCAAGGGUGCCCACAGUAAAGAAGGAGCCGGAGGUAGGACUCCCACAGGGUCUGAGACGGUGAAGCGCCCGUUCGGGACAUUCCGCUCCCUAAUGGAAUCGCUGAGUGGAAAUCAGAACAGCAACAAUAAUAAUGUCCAAACGUCUCCCUCUGUCAAACAGUCAAGCUGUGGUGUGUCCCAGGGCUCGCCUGGCAGGAAAACUGAGGUUAAAACCAGUCCAUGUGGGCACUCCAAGGGCAAGAGCAAAGCUAGUGCUGUUUAGGGGCCUUUGUUUGUUUUUUUAAAGGACACAAUAAAAAGCAUUGUACUUUCUCUCACAGUAUUUGAUCAACUUGACAAUUUACCUGUAACUGAAGUGUCCUCUGAAGUAUCCAAUACAAUUGUAUUACAGUAUGUAUACUUAUGCACACACAGUUAUACCAUUGGUAAAACAAUCUGUGGUUUUUCUCAUGCACUUAAUGUGCACUAGCACAAAGCGUAUACACUGAAUUAAAAAUAUAAACGCAACAUGCAACAAUUUCAAAGAUUUUACUGAGUUACUGUUCUUAUAAGGAAAUCACUCAAUUGAAAUGAAUUCAUUUGGCACUAAUCUAUGAAUUUCACAUGACUGGGAAUAGAGAUAUGCAUCUGUUGGUCACAGAUACCUUUAAAAAAAGGGUAGGGGCGUGCAUCUGGUUUAACCACAAUUUGCCUCAUGCAGUGUGACAUCUCCUAGUUAGACUGUACUGAUGAUCACUGUUUCAUUUCUGAACAGGCAUUGAUUGCAUAAUCAGGCAGUUGAUUGUAGCCUGUGGAAUGUUGUCCAACUCCUCUUCAAUGGCUGUGCGAAGUUGCUGGAAAUUGGCGGGACAUGGAACAUGCUGUCGAUCCAGUGCAUCCGAAACAUGCUAAAUGGGUGACAUGUCUGGUGAGUAUGCAGACCAUGGAAGAACUGGGACACCUUCCAGGAAUUGUGUACAGAUUCUUGUGACAUGGGGCUGUUCAUUAUCAUGCUGAAACAUGAGGUGAUGGCAGUGGAUGAAUGGCACGACAAUGGGCCUCAGAAUCUCGUCACGGUAUCUGCAUUCAAAUUGCCAUCGAUAAAAUGCAGUUGAGUUCAUUGUCCUUAUCUUAUGCCUGCCCAUAUAAUAACCCCACCACAACCAUGGUGCACUGUUCACAACGUUGACAUCAGCAAAACGCUCGCACACACCAUGCACGCUGUCUGCCAUCUGCCCGGUACAGCUGAAACCAGGAUUCCUCCGUGAAGAGCACACAUCUCCAGCUUUCCAGUGGCCAUCGAAGUUGAGCAUUUGCUCACUGAAGUCGGUUACGACACCAAACUGCAGUACGGUCAAGUCCCUAGUGAGGAUGAGCAUGCAGAUGAGCUUCCCUGAGACGGUUUCUGACAGUUAGUGCUGAAACUCUUUAGUUGUGGGCUCCUGAGUGGCGCAGUGGUCUAAGGCACUGCAUUUCAGUGCUAGAGGUGUCACUACAGACCCUGUUUCAAUUCCACGGCUGUAUCAAAACUGGCCGUGAUUGGGAGUCCCAUAGGGUGGCGCACAAUUGUCCCAGCUCCGUUCUGGUUAGGGUUUGGCCAGGGUAGGUCGUGAUUGUAAAUAAGAAUUUGUUCUUAACUGUCUUGCCUA